AUGUCAGGUUCCAACGAUGAUUUCACAAGCAAUAUUGAUGAACAAUUGCUUAAUAGUGUUGAUACACAUAGUGGGAAAUUGAAAUUAGAGGAAAUUGCUCAUGUAGCCGCUAUAGCUAAUAAUUCAAAGCAACAAGAGCACCUCCAGCAAGCUAUACAUGCAGGGCAAGGGCUAGUGCCAUUUGAUACUACAAUUCCUCAACAAAAACAACAAAAGGCUCAGAAAAAAAGUAGAAGAAGUAACAAGUCAAAACAAGACCAGCAGACGGGCGAGUUGAGCGAAGACGAUUUUAGGAAAUUCCAAUUACAACAACAGCAGCAGCAGCAACAGCAUCAACAACAACAACAACAACAGCAGCAGCAGCAGCAUCACCUCCAUCAGCAGCAACAGCAGCAACAGCAACAGCACCAUCUUCACCAUCAGCAACAACAACAACAACAACAACAACAUCAAUUGGAUCCAGACCUGUACAACAGGCAGCAUCAACACAAUCAACAUCAUCAAGUAAAUGCCGCGGCCGCUGGAAUCAGCACAUACACCCAUCCACACCACCAACACCAACACCACAUCCCAGAAUUGACAGCUCCUACAGCUGAGGAAUUAUCAGAAUACAACAUCCAGAUCCCCGAUCCCAUUGUUGAUGCUAAACUGAAAAUAUUCCCUGUAACGGAAAACACAAUUACCGCUGAAGGCAAUUUAAUAACACGUCCAUAUCCUGAACAAAUUUUCAACAAUCGUGACGACUUGAACGAGUUUAUCGCUGAAUUUGCUAGAGAUAAUGGGUUUGGUGUUGUUAUUGCUCAUUCUAACAAAAAGGCAAUAUAUUAUACCUGUGAAUUAGGUGGCCGUUAUCGUCAUAAAAAGACCAAGAAAAUAGAUGUUUCAAAACAAGUCGAUGUAGGAGAUGGAUACAUGUUGGAUCCCGACACAAAAACCAAAAAGUUGAAGUGCCCCUUUGCCAUGACUGCGUCUUUUAAAAAAUCAACAGGGAUGUGGACUUUGAGAACUACUUGUAAUGAACACAAUCAUCCACAGUUGGAUCCAUUGCUGAAUCAUCCAAUGUUACGCAAACGCAGUGAUGAAUUGAAUUUGGUCAUUUUGGAAUUAUACAAGUUGGGCACAAAACCAUCACAUAUCGAAUCUAAAAUCAAAAACCAGUACCCUGACGUAUUGAUUAAAAGAGAGGAUAUCUACAAUGAAAUCAGAGGCUAUAAACGUAAAUUGAAAAAGCAAAAUUCGAGAUUUGGAUUUAAUAAUCCUUCCAGAAUUGCAAACGCUCAAUAUAGGAAAAAAGCAGCUCAACAGGCUGCGGCAGCAGCUGCGGCGGCGGCUGCCACUGGAGCUGGUCCACAAGGUGUAGUUGGAUUACCAAACACUAUGAAUAAUAUUGGUGUUGUUCCCGGUGUACAGAAUAGCAGUGAUGCAGCUGACGCGGUAGCUGCUGUUGCUGCUGCUGCAAGUGCAAAUGCAUUUUUGCAUGGCAAUGGUCAACAUGUGCCUUACGACCCAUACCACUCUGCACCACCACCACCACCACCAUCACAAUCUCAGCAGGUGCAACAACAACAGCAACAACAUUCCUCCCACAAUCAUCACCAACUUUCCCAACAACGACAACGACAGCAGCAGCAGCAAAGACAACAACAGCAGCAGCAGCAGCAACAACAACAACAACUCCCUCAAAAUCAACAACAACAACAACAAGAAGAGUUUCAACGCCAAUUUGUUGCCGCUACUCAAGCUCAACAACAUCAAUUGGAUGACCAACAAUACCAGCAGUAUCAACAACAUUUACAAGAUCAUGGACUUCACGAUAAUGAUGGUGCCGCUGCCGCUGCAAUAGCAGCUGUUGCCAAUGUUGCCCGUCAACAUCACUAUCAAGACAAUGGAGAUUUAUCAAUGGAUAACAUUGAUAGUCGAUUAGUUGGAGAAUAG